AUGACUGAUGCAGCAGAACAUGAAUGGGAAUUAAGUCGUGAAAAUAUCCGACCGCUUAGAAGUGGCCGAAAGGUGAAAUCUCUAAAUAAUGUUUUUGGUGGUGUCAAAAUUACAAUUGUGGAAGCAGAGGAACGUUUCGAGAAUGACUUCGAACGAGCAAAAGCAUCAGAUGAUCCAUUAGAUAUAUGCUUGCAUUAUAUAACUUGGUUCGAAGAGCAUUUCCCAACAGGGAAGCAGUCACAUCUUUUUUCGAUACUAACACGCAUAAUUAACACUUUUGGUUACCGUGAAGAGUUUUUAAACGAUGAAAGGAUGUUAAAAUUUUGGAUAAAAUUAAUCGAGAACAAAUCUGAUGCUAAUGUGGAUGCAUUUUUUGAACGUGCUUAUCUUGCAGGGUGUUGUCGUCGUUUGGCUAAAUUUUAUGUUAGAUGGGCUGAAAUCCGUGAAAUUUCUCAUGAUAUAAAUGGAGCACGAGUAGUCCUUAAACGUGGUCGUGAACAAUGUGCUGAACCAUUAGAUUUAUUAAAUGAAGCAUCAGAUGCCCUAGAAAUGCGGCAGAUGCGAGCAUUACAAAAUUUCAGUGAUAGCGAAAAUGACUUUGUUGAUGAAAUUGAAUUAAGUGCUCAACGAUUAGCACUUGGCCAGUUGACUGGUUUGGGACCAAAUCAUGAAGCUCCAGUCUUUCGAAAUUCAUCGAAAAGACCAGGUAAUUUGCAUCCUGGUACUCGGCCAUGUCGUUUGGAAAGUGGAAGGACAGGAAAUGCUUUUCAAAUCUAUCAGGGUGAAGAAAGAUUUGAUGAUGAAAAUUUGCUGGUACCAAAAAAUUUCGGUGAUAACUUAGCUCAUGUAGCAUUUGUGCAAAACAGUUGGGAUCCAACGAAAUGGAGCGAUGCACGAAUUGAUGGUAUACCAAAAAAAAGAAAUGAAACACAUCGAGCUGAUUUCACGGUUUUCAAUGAAAAUUGUGAAGAGGCGAAGGAUCGAAAGCAAGCGAAUAAACAUACACGCCUACUUAUAUCAAAUAAGGUCAUUUCGAUAGAAGAGUUGUUUGCAGAACAAUUACAAUUGUAG